AUGUCUCACCCAGGACGACUUGAGGGUAAGGUGGCCAUUGUGACCGGGGGCGGGGCUGGAUUUGGAGUCGGUAUUGUCAACAAGUUCACUUUUGAGGGAGCCAAAGUACUUAUCUUUGAUAUCAACGAAGAUGAUGCGAAGAAGACCGCAGCUCUGCAGCCCGAAGACUCCGCAGUGGCUAUGAGAGGUGAUGUCUCCAUGGAAGCGGAUUGGAAAGCUGCCUUGAGCCUUGCGGUGGACGCUUUCGGCAAGUUAGACAUCAUCGUCAACAACGCUGGGGUUGUUUACAACGCCUGCUCAAGCAUCGAGACGACCGAGGCCGACUACGAUCGAGUCAUGAGAGUGAAUCUCAAGUCCUUGUACUGGAGUUCCAAUGUGGCCAUUCCGCACUUCUUGGCUGAGAAGAAGGGUGGAAUAUUCAUCAAUAUCUCUAGUAUGGCGUCAGUCCGACCCCGACCAACUCUUGUGUGGUACGGGGCCAGUAAGGGAGGCCUCACCAACGCAACCAAAGGCCUAGCGAUCGAGUGGGCGAAGCACAAUAUCCGCUUCAACGUUAUUCAUCCCGUCGCAGGUGAAACCUCCAUGGUCCCAUUCUUUCUUGGCGGACAUGAUUCUCAGGAGGGCCGAGACAGGUUUAUCAACACCAUUCCUCUCGGGCGAUUCGCUCAACCUACAGAUAUUGGAAACGCGGUUGCAUUCUUAGCCAGCGAUGAAGCAUCCAUGAUCACAGGGGCAUCUCUAGACGUGGAUGGUGGCAGAGGAAUUUAG